GGGCCAUCACAUGUGACCAGUUCGGAUGGCAUCCAGUUGCCCGAGAUGCUGGCUCUUUCCUGUUGAAGCUGGACCGGAAGGCUGCCUGGGAGUGUGUCUACUCUGUGCUUUCCACAACAUAUGCCUGGCUGGGGCAGACUCUCAACGGCAUGGCGUCUUCAGCCUAAAGCAGGCAGGAACGGAUAUAUAAAUCACGAUGUUGUGAUGAAGGUUUCCUAUUCCUACAACCCACUCCAUCAUCACCAGGCAGCACUAUCAGUGGCAGCCUGGCAGCCCUUGAACAUCACCUCCAGAGCCAUCACACGACAUGGCUCUCCCUUUUCUUUAGUUUUCUUGGUCUGCAUAAGCUUAAACAUCACACCCUGCCAGCAUCCUCCAACCUCUGCUCCUCUGCUUUGGGUGCCUCCGAACCUCCAUACCAACACCCGUCUCAUUCGUCACAUGGAAGACAGACUUUACAGUUGUUAUGGACAACUGCCACUUAGCUGAAAUGACAAUUCAAAAAUUCAGCGAGGCCUCGGUCGACAACAAGGACAGCAUGGGUGGCGAACGAGACCUCUCCCGCCUCUCCCAGACCAAGGCCGACUACCCUCUCCUGGCCCGGAAGCCGGUUGGGAAGCUGAUUGACCACAUCUAUCUCGACCGCAUAGAGCGCGAGUACAAGGAUAAUCAGUAUCGCAAUGUCACUCUCAAUGCGAUGUAUGACGAGGGUCGUGCUUCCGGUCGUCCACAUGUGAAACUUUCUACUUGGGCGGCUCCGGGACAAGAGCGUCCCACGUUCGAGGAUGCCGUCUCGCACGAGUUCAAGGACACCGAGACCGGCCGUGCCUUUGGCCCUUCAUGGACCACCCACUGGUUCAAGGUCCAGCUCACAGUUCCCGACGAGCUUCGGGAUAAGGAGCGUCUUGAAUUCCACUGGGACUCCAACAGUGAGGGUAUGGUUUGGUCUUCCGACGGAAACCCGCUGCAGGGCCUGACCGGUGGUGGUGAGCGCAUUGAAUGGCUUCUCCCGGAAUCUUUUCGAGAUGGUGAGGAACACACAUUCUACGUCGAGAUGGCGUGCAACGGCAUGUUUGGAAACCCCACGGGAGGUGACACCAUUCAGCCCCCCGACCCGAACCGAAUGUUCGCUCUCCAAAAGGCCGACAUUGUGGCAGUCAACGUCCAGGCCCGACAGCUGCGUAUCGACAUGUGGAUCAUUGGGGAUGCUGCUAGGGAGCUCGCCAAAAACACAUGGGAAGAACAUCAGGCCCUUGCUGUCAUCAACCGUAUUAUCGAAACCAUUGAGGUGGGCAACCAGGACUCCAUUUUGAGGGCGCGUGAGAUCGCCCGUGAGUACAUUGGCAAUGUCGACUCUGCGAAAGUCUACGACAGCGGAAAGGAGCCUGUCGUCUACGGAAUCGGACACUGCCAUAUUGACACAUGUUGGCUAUGGCCUUGGGACGAGACCAAGCGAAAGGUUGCACGCUCUUGGACAAACCAGUGCAAUUUGAUGGAGGAGUACCCCGAACUGAACUUCGCUUGCUCCCAGGCCCAGCAGUACAAGUGGCUCAAGGAGUACUAUCCGUACGUAUUCGACCGGGUCAAAGAGAAGGUCAAGUCCGGACAGUUCCACCCGAUUGGGGGCAGCUGGGUUGAGCACGACACGAACCUCCCCAGCGGAGAGUCUCUUGUGAGACAGUUCAUCUAUGGCCAGCGGUUCUUCGAGUCCCACUUUGGCCAGCGCAGCCAGACUUUUUGGCUUCCGGAUACUUUUGGCUACUCCUCUCAGCUCCCUCAGCUGUGCAGACUCGCUGGCAUGGAUCGCUUCCUGACCCAGAAGCUGAGCUGGAACAACAUCAACAACUUCCCGCACACCACCUUCAACUGGGUGGCUCUUGAUGGCUCUCAGGUCGUCUGUCACAUGCCGCCAGCAGAGACCUACACUUCUAACGCUGAGUUUGGGGACGUCAGGCGCAGCGUCGCCUCACACAAGUCCAUGGAUCAAGACCACACUUCUCUCCUCGUCUUUGGAAAGGGCGACGGUGGUGGUGGUCCUACCUGGGAACACCUUGAGAAGCUCCGUCGUUGCAGAGGCAUAGCGGACAGGACUGGUGGUCUGCCACGGGUCCACAUGGGCAAUUCUGUCGAUGAUUUCUUUGACAAGAUCAUCCCCAAGGCUGACAAGCUCGUGACGUGGUACGGCGAGCUCUACUUUGAGCUCCACCGAGGCACCUACACCACCCAGGCGCGUAACAAGCGAAACAACCGGACCUGCGAGUUCAUGUUGAGGGCUCUAGAGCUCUUUGCCACCAUCGCCUCGUUGAAGAACUCGUCAUACAAGUACCCCAAGGCGGACAUUGAUUCCAUGUGGGAGAAUGUUCUUCUCUGCCAGUUCCACGACUGCCUUCCUGGCAGCUGCAUUGAAAUGUGUUAUGACGACUCUGACAAGCUUUAUGCUCAUGUGUAUGAGAUUGGCAAGAAGUGCCUCGCAGACGCGAGGGAAGCGCUCGGUGUUGGCGAGGAGACGACCAGCACUACCUCGAUCGAGAAUGCCACAGCACUCAACAGCCUUUUCUGGCCCAGGAAGAGUAUUGUGGAGCUGGGCAACACGCCAGCUGUCGCUUGCGGCGAGGGUCCGUACCUCACCCUGAGGCCCUUCAAGGCGCCGUCCGUGGAAGGGGCUGCUGUCUCGGUCGAAGAGGUAUCGAAGGGAGUUUUCGUCAUGCAGAAUGAGCAGCUUCAGGUGAAGGUCGAAAACGGCGUCAUUACAUCGCUUUACGAUCGUCGGUUAGGUCGUGAGACCCUCUCAGGGAGGGCAAAUCAAUUUGUCAUCUUCGACGACAAGCCCCUAUACUGGCAAGCCUGGGACGUCGAGGUCUUCCACCUCGACUCUCGCAAGGAGCUCCCCGUCUAUGACACCAAGAUCAGCGAGAACAAGAGCUAUCGUGUUAGCCUGACCAGUCGUGUUAAGAUCAGCGAGAAGAGCAACCUUGUCUCAACCGUCAGCCUGUCGGCCGCGCUCAAGGGUCAGCAAUCAUACGUCGAGGUCAGCACCGAGGUUGACUGGCACGAGGACAUGAAGUUCCUCAAGGUUGAGUUCCCAGUCGACUUGAGGAGCACCGAGGCCAGCUACGAGACCCAAUACGGUAUCGUGAAGCGACCAACACACUACAACACGAGCUGGGACAUGGCCAAAUUCGAGGUGUGCUGCCAUAAAUUUGCCGACUUGUCGGAAUCCAACUACGGUGUCUCGAUCCUGAAUGACAGCAAAUAUGGAUUCGCGACCUGCGGGGACAUGAUGCGCUUAUCCCUCCUCCGAUCCCCCAAGGCUCCCGACGAGCAUGCGGACAUGGGCACACACAAGAUCCGGUACGCGAUCUUGCCACACGAGGGCCCUCUGGGCAGCGCCACGGUCCGCGCCGGCUACGAAUUCAACAGCCCGCUGGUAUUGGCCCGCAAGCCCAAGACGCUGUCAUUCGAGGCACCUAUCAAGCUAAUAGGCGACUCGGCAAUCGUUCUGGAUGCGGUCAAGCGAGGCGAGGAUGAUGUGGAUGUCAGCCGUGGCGACCUGCCCGCCCGCAAGGGCAAGUGCGUCAUCAUACGUAUGUACGAGUCCCUCGGCGGCCGUUCCCGCACCGCCAUCAAGACGACCUGGGAUGUGCAGAAGAUCACCAAGGUCAACGUGCUUGAGGACGAGAUCCCCGGCGAGGCUGCGCUGGAGAAGAACGAGGAUGGCAACUACCCGAUCACGCUCCGGCCGUUUGAGGUUGCCACCUACCGCUUGUGGCUUUGAGUGCCUUUGUGGCCGAUCAGCGAUGGAAUUUCGGGACUGGGAGACUGCAUUGGUAGAUGACCCUGAUGGCAUCAUGUUAGUAGGCGACAGCAGCAUUAGUUUGACUAGAUUGAAUCAUUGUCUCAUUGUUUAAGAA